AUGGGUUCUGAAAAUGGUGCAAGCGGUGUGGCUGCUCAGACGCUCAGCGAUGUGAUGAAGCGGCGCCGGGAGGUUUGCGCGGAAUUUGAAUCCCAACCGGUGGCCACGACGGCGGAUGCAACUUGUGCCAUCAAGAACGGAUACAGCUGGAACCCCGCUUGCGACAUCAGCCAAAAGAGGCAUACAACUACGGAUAUGCAGCUGCAAUCUUUGCUGUCGGAAAGACGUGAGAGGUGCCAGGUUUUGGAAAGCAAUCCAGCUCCGGUGGUCGCAGAUGCUCUGUGGAACAUGACGCCGGGGCCUCUGCAGGUAUGCCAGCAACCGGCAAAUCAGGACACCUCCGAUCAGGCAGAAUGUGCUUGCAAGGACCCGGAGCAGGUUUCGCACUUGAGCGCCGUUUUGGCCGGAAGCGCAGAACUGUCCCCAGUGGAUCUGCAGGGUGCCACGAGGCCUAGCCCUCUGCCACUGUCCUGGUCGGAUGCACUAGAAGUGGAGGUGUCGGGACCCGUGACGGGCACCUCCGAGCAGUCAGUGAAGGCAUCCUUCGCAACCAUGCGCAUGUUGCGACUCUUUGAGACCUGGCGUCACGAGAUGACGAGCGCCAUCAGCCGGAGCCUGGCUGGAGCUUUUGUGGCAAAACACCUUGCAUUCCUCAACUUCCGCGAAGAUCACAUAGAUGCCGUGAUCCUCAUCUUUCUGCGCUACCACAAUCCUGCGGUGCUACCCCGACUUAUCGGCUCAACACCUGCAGAUGGGAGAAGCUUUGCUUUUCUGGACCAAGUGCCUGGGAGCAUGGUGCUGGAUCUGCUGCUGGGCAGACCCUGCGAUCCGAGCACGGCCCCGCAAGAUUUGUCAUUAGCAUUGGCACUGCUGCAAAUUUGUGAUGAAGCGGUGCGCAGCGGAAGCCAGAUGAUCCUCUUCUUUGUCCUUCUGGCAGCGCUUGCCAAUCCUGACAUGUCCAGUCCAUCAGACACUGCUUCUGCUCUCCUGCUCUGGAGCUCGGCGCAGCAGAUGUUGUCUGCUACGCCGCGGUCGAUGCUGGCUGUCCUGUCUGGUGCCGAGGCACGUGACCUCGCGCUUCGUCUGCCCAUCGGAGCGGUUGCUCCUGACGAGGUUCUACACCAUGUCUACGAGCGCCAGGCAGGCGAAUGGCGGCUGGUUGUUGUGGAUCUUCGGGACUUGAGCUUUCCUGGGCUCCCAGUUUGCCUGAGAUUGCCAGAUUGGGAGAACUUCGAGGAGUUUGCAGAAAGCCUCCCUCGCGAGCCUUCGAUCCACUUAUGCCUGCUGGCAGAUGACCCGCUAGAGGCUCUCAAACUGUGUCUUUACCUGUCAGGGCCCAAUGGUGCUUGCCGGCCUCAUGUGUCUGUGGCCGAUGGCGGCUGGCAAGCGGUACGUGACCUUGCCCAAGCUUUGGAUCUUGAGCUGUUACCAGAGACGGAUGCAUGUCCUGGACAAGACACAAUGGAGCCUUGGGAUUCUACGGGCAGUCUUGCUGGGACAGUAGUUGAAGUUGCAGAGCACGUGGCGUCCAUAACGUCGGUUGCAGCAUCAGUAGCUUUGAAAGGGGCUUCUUGGGCCACUGGCGCGCGUGCUACAAACCAUGGGAGAGAGGCACGUGCAAGUGAAUUACUGGAGGUCUGA